UGCUGUAUGUGCGCGCGUGUGUGUGUCUGUGUGUGUGCCCGCUAGAUGGCGCUGCUCUGCGAGCUGGCGGCUUAUUCAGUUAUUGCGCGCUGCGCUCCUCUGAUUGUUGCUAAUAAAACGCGCAAAGCCAAAUUAUAUAGCUAAGCAACAACAAAAAUAAAUUUCAAUUUAUUAUAUUAGCAUAACAAAAUCAGCAACAGCAACAACAAUAGCCGCAACACCAACAAUAAUAAUAAAAAUCGCUGCAGCAACAAUUGCUACAACUGUUUCGCGCUUUUCGGAUUACGGUUUGUCGGUUGUCGUCGUCGCCGUCGCCGUCGUCGUCGCAGUUCGUCAUUUGAGUUGCACCUGUAACGGUCGCAACGGUUCGCUAUGUAUCGUCGUCGUCGUUUGCCAGCCUCUAGUUUCAUCUUCGAAGUGGGCAAAUCGCAGCAACAAUUGCCAAUAAGCAGCAGCAGCAACUUUAACUAAACAAGAAAAAUAUAAACAAUAAAGUAAAAUACCAAACAAAUACUAGAACAUAUAAUUUUUUCGUCCACAAAUAAUCCAAAAAUAAUUGUCAGCAAAACUGGAUUAUUUGCUGAAAACUUUGCGCACGCUGAAAUCCAAUUCGAUUAUGGCCGAGAAUCAAAGCGCUGCCAACGAAGAUUCCGGUCAGCAACAACAACAACAACAACAGCAGCAGCAGCAGCAGCAACAACAGAUCAGCACAGCAGCAACAAUUGCUAACAGCGGUCAGGCCAGCGGCAGCAACUCGGCCGCCUCAUCGCCCGAAAGUUCACAGGAGACGCACAGCAUCGUAGCUAAUACAACAGCAUCGGCAACAACUGCAGCAACGGCAGCCGCCAUACGCCGGCAACAGUCGAUCAAUAUACCACAGCAACAGCAACAGCAGCAGCAGCAACAGCAGCAGCGCGCCAGCAGCAACAUGUUUGAUCGUCAUCUCAAUGCUAAGUUUAAGCCCACAGGUGGGGCAGCUGCUGGUGGCGGCAAUGCGCCCGCUCGUCGCAAUUCCAUACAGACGCCGGGGCGUGGCGUUGUGGGCGUGGUCAGCACCACCAGCAUUAAGAAGCCACCGUUGACUAAGGUCAAUUCGCUGGGCGGCAGCGGGCAGCAUCAUCAUCAUCAUCAUGCCUCGCACUUGCAUCAUCAUCAAGCGCAUGCGCAUCAGAACAACAGCAACAACACCAAUAACACCAACAGCAACAGCAACAACACUAACAACAGCAACAGCGGCAGCAAUAACAUACAGCGCACUACCAGCGAAAGUUUGCGUUUGAAUGCGUUGACUCGCGGUAAUGCGGCAGCAACAGUUGCUGAUGGUAGCAUGAGUGUGUCGCGUGCCAGCAGCAACAGCAGUCUCUCGGUGGCGCCCAAAUCGAGCAGCAGCAAUCACUCAACGGCGACAGCAGCAACUAGCAGCAGCAGCACCAGCAGCAACACUAGCAAUGUGGCCAGCAAUAAUGCUGGUGGCAACAACAAGCCUAGCUCGCCGAACAACAAUGGCGCUGCACUACGUAAUAUUAUACAGCCAACAUCGCCAUGGCCACAUGUGCAACUGCCACAACAACAGCAGCAGCAGCAGCAGCAACAACAGCAGCAGCCGGCACAUCAUACGCACCAUCAUCAUCACCAGCAUCAUCAUCACCACCACACCAGCCACAGCCAGGGACAUCAGUCAACAGCAGCAGCAGCAGCCGCAACUAAUGCAGCAGCAACUGCUUCAGUCGGUGGCAAUAAUCGCAAACCAAAGACGACUUCCUCAUUUCAAAUCACCUCCGUGACAGUGGGUCAUGCCAAGCUAAAUGCUGCCGGCGAUACGGGCGAUGAGUCUGCCGAUGAUCUAGAUGAAUCUCAUACAGAUGACAAUAGUCGGAUUACAGAUUUAGAAAAUGAAACGCCAUCCAUGUCGGAGGACACGUUCUCCAAAGAGGAAGUUUUCUUUGCCAACAAUGCAUUAAGUACCACAGCCCCUGUUAUACCCACCAGUUCACAGUACGGCCUGGUCGUGGUGGAUCCAAUUGGGCCGUCACUUGGACAAACCAUACAGAAUGUUCAGGUGAACGUCUCGGAUAAUAUAAUCAAUGUGGUGAGUGCAGCGGUAACGCCCGGUGGCACAAAGAAGAAGGACGAUAUGAAGGAGACGCAGCAUCGUAGCGAACGAUUUAAAGUUGUUAAAAUUGAAUCGACGGAGCCGUUCAAGCGCGGCCGCUGGAUGUGCAUGGAUUAUCUGGACCACUCGAGUGUGGGUGCGGCCAAUAACAAUGAAAAGACUGGUAACACGGAUGGAUCGGCUGCUAGUGUUGGUGGUGUUGUGCCCGGCAGCAACAUGCUGGAGGGCGGCUGCGAUCUACCAAAGACAACGCAGAGCAUGAUUUUGCCUCCAAGUAUGCUGCAUGAGAAUCAUUUGGAAGCAGCCUCGGCGGAUGCCAAUUGGAAUUAUGCCGACCAGCAGCCGCAGCAGACACAGCAGCAACAGUUGCAGGCGGGCGCUGGCAAUGCAGGAGCAACAAUUGGUACUGCCGGUGCUGGCAUACAUCUAACAGCCACGCCCAGCGGUGUCAUGACCGCCCCUGCCACUGUGGUGCAUGGCAUGCAGCAGUUUGUAAAUGCGGCCAACAGCGAAGCUCAGCAACAGCAGCAGCAGCAGCAGCAACAACAACAGCAACAGCUCUAUGACAGUGUCAAUGCUAAUGCAGGCACGCCCAAUGCCAAUGCAGAGGGCUCGCAACAUGGGCAAACAUUGCCGAUGGACUAUGCCACAGCAGCGGCACAGCAGUUGCAACAGUCGCUGCAACAGCUGAAGCAACAGGAGCUGGCAGCAGCAGCAGCUGCAGCCGCAGCGGCAGCAAUGGAUGUGACAGGCAAUACAACUGCAGGCUAUUUGCCAGCCACGACCAGCAGCAACAGCAGCAGCAAUAACAACAACAACACAAAUGUUGUUGCCACAGGAUCAACAGUUGUUGUCGGGGAAACCAUGAGCAACAGCUAUGUGGAGCAGCCGCAACCUCUGUCGCCGGCCACGCAAACGCCACAGGCACCGCCGCCCACAUUCGCAGCAGUUGCUGCCGGGCAGCAACAGCCACCGCCGAACUUCCAGUUGGAGCCGCAGCAACCGGCAACAUCGCAAAUCGAUGGCAUUGCACCAUCCACUGCAGCAUUCCCAGCUGCAACAGCAGCAGCUGCAGCUGCAGCAGCAGCAGCAAACCAGACUUCAAACACUUCCACUAGCACAGCAGCAACAGUUGCCGGCACAGCAGCAGCAGUAGCAGCAGCAGCUGUAGUUAAUACAGCAGUAACAGUUGCUGCUGGUCAAACGUUGCCAUUGCUGUCGCACAUGAACAGCUACGAGCCAACAGCUGUUGCAGCAGCAGCAGCAGCAGCAAUACCUGCAAUGCAACUACAAAGCGCGCCAGCAACAAUUGCCGAUGUGCAGCAAUUGGUGUUAGACGAACAGCAGCAGCAAGCAGCAGCCGCCACAUCAACACAGACUCAACAACAAUUACCGCCAACAAAUAUCGCGAGUGUCAGUGCCAACAGCAAUGUGAAUUUAGCAAAUGCAACUGCAACAGCAGCGGAAGCAACGACAACAUCGCUCGCAUUGAGCGAUGAACAGCAACAAUCGACAUCAGCGGCAACAGCAGCAGCAGCAACAUCAGCAGCCACUGCAACAGCCGCAUCAACAACAGCAGCAGCAGCAGCAACAUCAUCAACAACUACACAACAACAAAUACAACAGCUACAGCAGCAACCAAAUGCAGAAUCGGAGACUGAAAGUGCAUCUGGAACAAGCGCAGUUGCGAUUGACAACAAAAUCGAACAGGCUAUGGACCUGGUCAAGUCGCACCUCAUGAUAGCGGUGCGCGAGGAAGUGGAGGUAUUGAAAGAGCGCAUCUCCGAGCUGAUGGACAAGAUCUCCAAUUUGGAGCUGGAGAAUAACAUACUCAAGUCGAACAUGUCACCGGAGACAUUGCAACAGUUGCAGAUGCAGUUGCAAAUCGCUGGCAGUCAGCAGCCGGCAGCGGUCGCAGCGCCGCCAGCAACGCCCGCCAUACAGGCAGCGCCGCCGGCAGCAACAGCAGCCGUAGCAGUGACUGCGACGCCGGCAUCGGCAGCGGCCACUAGCCCAGCGGCGGCAACAGCGCCGUCCACAAUCAUCGCAAAUGGCAGCGGAACAGAGAAUGGCAGCAACAGCAACAAUGGCAGCGGCGUCGACACAGUCAUUGCAGCAGUUGAUACAGCACAGCCAGCGGCAAACGGAGGCAGCGGCGUCGCAGCCAUCAGCACAAACGGACCUAUGUCCUAAGCUGUUUGUUAGUUUGUUUUAAUCGUAAUGUUAUUAAUGUGGCCCACUGUCCAUGGGCACUGGAAUGUCGAAAUAAUAAUACAAAAAACACUUUGUCGCCCGCGACAGAGUUAAGCGUUAGCAGCCCCCGCCCCCUUCCAGCAGCAACAGCAGCAGCAGCAACAACAACAACAACAUUAACAACAACAAAAGCAGACCAAAAACAAAAAGUAUUACAAACAAAGAGCGCAGAGAGAGCAAGUGCAAGUGAGUAAAAAGAGAGAGUGUGGUUGAGAGCAGGAGGAGGAGGAAAGAGCUCUGCUGUUAACGUUUCGGGCUGUUUGCUGCGACUGCGGCUGCGGCUGCUGGUAGCGCUGCUGCAGCCGCCAUUUUGUUAAUUUCUCGAUUGUGAUAUUUGUUUAACACACAUACCUUCACACAUACACAAAAAACAUAUGAACACAUACACACACAUAGACAGACAUAGUUAGAUGGAUAGACUGCGCGUUAGCAGCUCUUGGCUGCGGCUGGCCAACUGUAAACGUCGGCUUUAACAGAGUGUUUUCAAUCUCUUUUCAACAGAGCGCUGCUGCGCCAAUUAACAUAAGAUUUCUAUGCAAUACACAGAGAGAAAAACGAAAGAUGAAAAUGUAAUUUAUUUGUUUUCCAAUUUUUUUCAACGUCUUUUCUUUUUGUUUAUUGAAUACGCUGUUUUAUGAUAUCUAACGCUCGAAAGAAGU